AAAUCAAAGGUUCUGGCAGACCGGCUAAAUGCCAAAUUCGCCAAUAAAUCACCACCUCCAGCCCCGCAUUCACGGCCUUCACUUAUUCAGUCAUUCUCUGGCUGAGGCCCAAAAUUAUCAAGGCUGAUGUCAAACAGUGGGAUGGAAUCUCUAGGACCAAAUUCAGAGUUUAAUGAAACUCCACUCAAGAUUGCUAUUGUAGGGUUUGGUAACUUUGGGCAGUUCAUAGCUAAAGGAAUCCAGCGCCAGGGUCAUGUAGUGCUUGCCUCAUCAAGAUCUGACUACUCCGAUUAUUGCAACGAAAACGGAAUCAAAUUCUUCAAGAAUUUGGAAGGGUUGUGUGAGGAGGAGCCAGACAUAGUGCUAAUUUGUAGCUCUAUCCUUUCUACUGAGAGUGUUACACUUGGGAUCCCUUUUCAUAAGCUCAAGCAGGACACUAUCUUUGCAGAUGUGUUGUCUGUGAAGGAGUUCCCACGCAAUCUUUUCCUUGAUGUACUUCCUCCAGAGUUUGGGAUUGUUUGCACUCAUCCAAUGUUUGGCCCUGAUAGUGGAAGACAUGGAUGGGCAGGCUUGCCUUUUGUUUAUGACGAAGUUCGUAUUCUCGAAGGAAGCACUCAAGCUCAGAAAUGUGCUCAAUUCUUGAGCAUUUUUCAGAAAGAGGGGUGUAGAAUGGUGGAGAUGUCAUGCGAGGAACAUGAUCGUUAUGCUGCUGGAACCCAGUUCAUCACUCACACUAUUGGAAGGAUCUUAUCACAUCUAAAUCUUGAGUCCACCCCAAUCAACACUAACGGAUUUGAAACUCUUCUGCAUCUUACGGAAAGCACGGUCAGUGAUAGCUUUGAUCUCUAUUAUGGGCUCUUUAUGUACAAUGUGAAUGCUAUGGAGCAGAUUGAGAACUUGAGCAGAGCAUUUGAGGCAGUGAAACAAAAACUUUUCAGUCGGCUACAUGGCAUCUUGAAAAAACAAAUUAUCGAAAGGGUUUCUUUUCAGACAAGCAUCCCAGAAGAAAAACCAGGCUCUUAUUUCCUGCCUGAUAACAAGAAGAUGAAAGACUUCUCCAGCUUUGCUGAACCUUCGGAAAAAACAAGCAAAGAACAAGAAGAUGAAUAAGACGAAGUAGUGGUCCCAGCUAAUAGCCCAUUUUGAAAUUGGAUAGGUAGUUUGCUGAACUUAGGGCCCGUUUGGUUAGAGGGAAUGAGAAUAUGGGGAUGGGGAAGAG